CUCAGGGCAGCUGGCCACACAUCUUGCUGCUGUGGUUACACAUCUCUCUCUAACUUCCGGGAGAGCCCAUUUAAAGAAAAUAUAAGUCAAGUUCAUGGGGCGUUGCGUUCAUGCGGGCUAGACCCUCCCAUGACACAAAACACCAUUCAGCAGCAUGUCAACGCACUCUCAUGUUGAGAAGAAGAAGAAACAGUGAAAGGAAUCGGACAAUCUAUUUACUGGACAUAAAGAUUCUGGGCAUCUGUUAGCCCCACUCUGAAGUGAACUGCUUAUCCAAACUGUUGAUUUUAUUAUAACCAAAUAUAGAAAUGGGAAGAAUACAUAUCUGCGUAAAACGGGCGUUCAUUUUCGUCUGUGUCUUGAUCGGGAUCAUCAGCACCCUCCUGCUGGCCAUCACAUUAUUUGGACAUGGGCACUUCCACCAAUCAGAAGAAAUAGAGAUUCUGCCAGGGAUAGCAAUUCUGUAUGUCAUAGAAGCAGCAACCCUUGUCCUGUCAAUCUUGGGGGUCUAUGGUGCUCGCAAGGAGAAGAAAUGGACUGUGGUUCUGUUUUCUGUAGGUAUGUCACUGGCCAGCCUAUACCUGUUUGUGGAGUGCGUGCAUGGAUAUCAAAGCAAACACGAGCUGGAGGAGUUAACCAGAGAGAAACAUCUAGCUAUGAUGCCUCUGAGUGGAGCGAAUCAAACUGAUUUAGAAGAGCUAUACAACAUGCAGACUAACUUCAAAUGCUGUGGGCUCCUACAAGGCUACCAAGACUGGGGCACAGACAUCCCCCUCUCCUGUCUCUGUUCUGAUGAGGACUCAACACACUUUAAAUGUGUUGCUCCUGGUAACAAUACGAGAUCUGGUAUUCACUAUCCCAACAGUCAAAUGUCUGAGGAUGAUGACCACAAGGCUCUAAUGGAUGAACACAUGCUGGUAUAUAAAGAGCCAUGUCUUCCCAUCUUCAUCUCUUUCGUGGGCUAUGCAAUCAGCCUGAUGAUAGGAACAUUAGUAGCACUUAACACAUUAUGGGAUAUUGGAGUUGCCCUGGCCAUCACAAUACUCUGCCAGAUGAGAAGAAAGUUUGAUGUGCCACCUGUGAUCUUCACCUCUCAACCACCUCAGUACAGAGAGCUGUGUGACACAGCAGAGAGUGUCUGAAAUGAAAUGGUCCUCUAAUGAAGGAUACUCAAUGCACUAGUCUGAGUGCCAGUCUGUUUGUGCCAUCAUGACAACUCCUGUCACUCAUUUGUGUCAAGCCAAACAUGACAAUGGGUGACAAAGAGUUGGCUUGGCAAUGACAUGGAUUUAACAUGGGCAAGACCACAAACAGAUCUGGGAUCAGGCUAGCAAUGCACUCAUAUUAUGUACAUACUCAUAAUACACUUGGAAGGACAACUCAGGACAUUAUUAGACAUCUCUGCUGUGUUGUCCAAAGUAUUACUGUUUAACUCUGGGUCUUCCUUUCCUGUGGCGGUCCUCAUGAGAGCCAGUUUCAUCAUAGCGCUUGUUGGUUUUUGCGACUGCACUUGAAGAAACUUUCAAAAGUUCUUGAAAUUUUCCGCAUUGACUGACCUUCAUGUCUUAAAGUAAUGAUGGACAGUCGUUCUUACCAUAAUAUGGACUUGGUAUUUUACCAAAUAGGGAUAUAUUCUGUAUAUCACCCCUACCUUGUCACAACACAACUGAUUGGCUCAAACGCAUUAAGAAGGAAAGAAAUUCCACAAAUUAAGUUUUAACAAGGCACACCUGUUAAUUGAGUCUGAAACCUUAAAGAUUUAAAAUAGUUUAUCUGGUGCUUCUCUCUUCAAUACAGUUUUCAGUUGGCUCUCUCUCGUUAAACUGACUUGGCUAGUCUUAUACAAAUCCAAAUAUCCAACGUACUAAAACACUAUUUGUAAAAAGAUAUAAAUUACCAUUUUAUCUCAUAGAUACAUUUUAAUAAUGUAAUUCUCAACAUAUCCCUAAAAACAGCAAGUUAGAAUGUUUCCCUUUGUUUCUACUCUGUGUGAGUGUUCGUUGGUCCUGUCGCCAUUACUACGACAGGCUAGCUUGACUGGAGCUAACUUUAGCCGACGUUAGCUCUAUGCUAACAGACUUUUAUAAAUUAAUUAAACUAUCAAAACCUCAUCAAAAAAUAACAAUUAUAUCAUAACACUCCGCUUAUCUUGGUGUUUCAUAUCCUAUGUUUUAUAACUCGCUCACUCUGAUGAUAACGUUUAAAAUAUUUACUUCUCUCUUCAGUUUUCAGUUGUCUCACUCAUUCAAAUGAUUCACUGACUAGGCAGGCUAGCGCUAGAGCCACUGUAGAGAGAGACUGCGUGAAGCAACCACUACUAGAGCAAGUGGCUUCCUCAGAGUGCCGAAACAAGCGGAACACCCAUUGAUUAUAAAUAGUGUAAAUGAUUACAAAAUGCCUCAAAUGUGGCUACCAUAUACCUCACUUUCUCCCACAUUUCAGGUUGGCAACACAAGGAACCCAAACAUGAGCAAAAAACGGUACUAUUAAAACAGAAAGUAUUACCCCUUUUUCACAGCAACUAUUUCCCUUUUUCUUUACAGAAAACUAGGACCAACAAGUAGCCUGCCUCUGACUUUAUCAAAACGUUUCCAUACUGGUAUAUCAAUUCAUCAAUAUAACGCCAACCAACCUCUUUUGACCUUGGGGGAUUUAUUUAUUUAAUGCAUUAUACUGCCAUUGUACUAUGAUAACGCACAAUAAAUAAAUAUGGUACCAUAUGGUAUUUCCAAAUACUACACAA